UGACUUUAUUCUGGAAAUGCAAAAGAAAAAUAAAUCUGCCUCAUUUAUUCUUAGCAUGACUCCAAAACUCUGCCAUAAAGCAUGACACUUUGAAAAGAGAACAGAGGGAUCAUUUGAAAUAAAUAAGUGUAUUCUGUCUUUCUGUCUUCAUGGGGAGGUCCUGUGUGGAGAUGCAGGGAAGCUGAAGGGUUAAUUCGGGGCUGGGGAAACCUGAUGCUAAUUAAGCUUUGGAAUUCCUCAUCCUGACAGUGCAGGAGCUCAGAGGCUCAGGAGGCAGCAGCAGUAAUGUCCAAUGUGUUUAUUCCUCACUGACACUCAGGGAAGUCAGUCUCACCAAACCUGCAGCUGGAGGUGAUGUCGUGUCAGGAGCUGCACAUCAACUGAGAUAAAGUAGAGAAGGAUUUUUUUCUCAUGCAAACAUGGUUUUACUAACAUCAGUGCUGCUGCUCUCCUGGGUUUCGCUGCACAACACCGCGCAAGCUGCAGCAGAUUUUUGCCGGGGGACGCACUGCUUCGGCGGGGACGCGAGCGAUCCGAGACCGUGCACCGGAGAGCACUGUCCGGGGGGCAGAUCCUCCAGGCAGCCGCGGCAAUUCAACCCCACCACGCAGGGGAGAGCGGCGCAGAUAGUGGCCAGCCAACACCACGCGUACCCGGGUUCUCCGAGAGCUGCGUCGCAAGCCUACCCGGCCGCGCAGCCUCUACGCGGGCGACACGGAAACAUCAGCGGCGGAGGAGGAGGAGGAGGAGGUGGAGGAGGAGGUGGAGGCGCACGGAUGAGAGCGCCCGAGGUCCUCCCUCUACCUGCAGGGUGCACGGACGCGGGCUGCGCCGCUCCUGUCAAGCAAUUUCAACCCACUAACGACACCCGAGACUGCAGAGGGAUCGAGUGCAGACUGCCCCCGAGGAUCCGGCCAAAAGCUCGGGCGAAGUCCUGUGUGGGUGAGGGCUGUCUGGCCGCUUCAGAGGAGAGCGUCUCCAGCCAGCGUCCUCCCGUGCAUCUGUCCGACAGAGCCGCGCAGUUCCUGGGAGACUUCCCGGAGUUUGGAUAUUCUUCGUCGGAACUUGGCGGCGCGCCUCUGGGUGUCCAGCUCACAUGUGACAUCAAGCCAGGCGAGAAUGAAGUCCCCUCAGAGGACGCCCUCAUCCUGCACCUCCAGCUGGCCAAGGGGCAGGAGAAGCUGGUGGAGGCCCUGCGCGCCCAGCAGGUGGUCAUCCGCGACCUGCAGCAGAAGCUCGUGGACCAACAGGACGCCCUUCUGUCACAGCAGCGCGAAAUCCUGGAGCAGCAGCGGCGCAUGUACGAGCAGAUGGACGUGGUGAAGGCCCAGUACAGCCUCCUCUCGGACACCGUCAAACAGGUGUCCUUCCAGGGCCUGCAGGGCGAGCUGCAGAGCUACUUUGAGAGCCACUUGGCGGGGCUGCAGAGCCAGGCCCGCAGCCACCUGCAGAAGUCCUACGCCGUCCACAAAGUGGACAUGGACACGAAGGUGAUGGACGUGGUCGGGGAGGCGAAUUUCCCUCAACCUCUGCUGGGAUGCCCUUCGCCCUGCGGACCAGAGGAGUUCUGUGAUUUUCAGAGGGACCCGCCUCAGUGUGAGAAGUGCACCAUGUGUCCACCUGGCUUCUUCCUCAUCUCACAGUGCUCGUCCACUGCAGACCGCAUGUGCCAGGACAGAGACGAAUGCCUUGAGCUACCAAACAUUUGUGGGGAGCGAGUGAAGUGCCUGAACACCCCAGGAGGCUUCAGGUGUCUGGGGGUGUCUGAGAGGGAAGUGGAGCUGGGCAUGUGCGGCCACGACUACUUCUACAACCAGGAGCUGCAGGAGUGCCAGGCCUGUUCGGACUGUGACGGAGAGCCUGUCUCUGUCCCGUGCACGGCCGUCAGCGACGCUGUGUGCAGCCAGAGUUCAGAGAGCCGACUCUCUCAGUCCUGGGCGGCGAACGUUGCAGUUCCGUCUGCUCGGACCACCGGCACCAACAUCUUCCAGGGGCUUCAGCUGAACAUCCGAGGGAAGGAGAGCAGCGAUUUGCUGUCCAACGAAGCGGGGCAGGUGACCUUCCUGCAGCACGGCCUGGUGUGGUUGGAUCAUAACUUUGCAUUAAAGCACAGCUGCAGGAACUUCCUCCAGGUUGGGAUGAGGCUCAACGGCAGCCAGGAGGAGGAGGGUCAGGAUCUCAGUGGCGUCCGCAUCGAACAGCCCGAUGGGAAGUACUUUCAGGGGGUGAGCGUCAGCAGCGGAGUCGAGGUUGAGCCUAAUCACACCCUCACCCUCCUGCUGAAGAGUCCGAAUCAACACUGCAACCAGAGCAAGGAUCUUCAUGUGUACGACGUCACCGCUCCCUCUUUGAGUCUCCUCUGGUUGUCUCAUGAUACCGGCGCUGUUGCCAUGACAGCUCAGAUGUCCCUGUUGGUCCACUACCAGACCAGCUACCGCCCGACGUUCCGUAUGACCUCAGUGUCUGACCCGUACAUGAUCAGCCUGACCCACGACAGCCGCGGGGUGCGCUUCACAGAGAGCGGCGUGGUGAAGUUCAUCCUCCAGCAGGCGCUGUACUCCAUGGGCCACACCUGCAUUCGAGAGGGUUUCUCCCUGAUCGCUUACACUAACCGCAACGGGACGGGUGUGGAGGCGACGCAGGCCUUCAAGACAGGCGUCAACUACAGGGACACCUCCAUCACCCUCUCUGGUGCCGUGAGCGUGGACAGGGGAGACACACUCAGCUUCGAGAUCACGUCUCCCUCCCAGUGCAACAUCCGUUAUUUCGGGGACAGCACCGGCAUCAGCAUGCUGAGCCUCAUCUGGAUUCCUUCAGCUGUGUCGUCGGCUUUGACCGCUACCGUGUCCAGGACCGGUCUUCCCUUCGGAGCGGUGAGGAACAAACCGCUGCUGUUCCAGCAGAUCAGCUCAGACACGCCGCAGGUUCACUUGGCCCGCUCAGGCGCGCCGAGCGGCCGGAAGAACUUUAUAUUCCACGAGAAAGGGACAGCGAACGUCGCGCUCAACCUGAAGCUGAUCCACUCCUGUAACAUAGUAAAACUCACGUUGCAGCAGGUGGCAGGCCCAGGUCAGAGUGGGCAGGCGGGUCCUGUGGCUCAGCAGGUGUCUGGAUACAUGCCUGAAGGCAGCGAGUGGGCCAGCAUCGGGCUCAGGGCCUCAUUUCAGGUGCAGAACGGCACAGCUGUGUACGUGACUCUGGACUGUAUCCGUGGGCGUGUUAACCAGAUAACACACGAGGGAGGCACUAACAUCUCGAUCCUCUGGGUGGCGGUGUGAAGCCUCCCGGAGCCUGAAUGUCACUAAAACAGUUGGUCAAAGGAAAGAAAGACAGUUUUGCACAUUAUUGAAUUGCAGAGCAGAUUCAACAAUUUACCAAAUCCAGGAAAAAUACUGGUUGAUGAAAAACGUAUUCCACAUAUUUUGUCAUAUUAUUGUUUUAAAUGUAUAUUUCAUCUCUUUUUUUAGAUUUUUAUGGUGAAAUGUUUUUUGUGUAUGAUUUAAAUAAGUACUGCUUUUGCUUGAAGUACUUCGGCUGGUUGAGCAGUGACCAAUUCUUUAUUGAAUGUCUAAGUGUGUGUGUGUGUGUGUGUGUGUGUGUGUGUGUGUGUACAUCUGUGUGCACUGGUGCUUGUAUAGUGUGUGUGUGUGUGUGAGACACAGUGGCAUGCCUACUUCUGCAUAUGUGUGUGAGUCUUUUGAUAUGUAUAUCCCUGCAUACACUUAACAUACAUACUGUAAGUAACAAGCCUUUUUGUAUUAUAUAAUGAAGCAGUAGUAAAAGCAGUAGUUUGGUACUUUGGGAAAUCUGUUUAUUCAUUUCCUGGUUGAGAGUAAAGCUGGAAAUAUACUUGCUGUUCAGUCACGUGUUCGCAUCCCUACAACCAGACGUGUAAAAUCAAUGACGUCAUGACAGAAUAGACUUCUGCUGCCGUUCAUGUGCGCAUUGCAUCUUUUGGAUGUGUAGCGUUGACGUGCACAACCGACGCACAGAUGCAGUCGUGAUACGUGCCCGUAAUUUAAAGCAAGUGUGUCUCCGGCCUCAGGGGAUCGAUACCACACUCCAAUUAACUGGUGCUAAUUUUUUUUUACUUUGGGACAGAGUCAGACCGCCCGUUUCUUUUCAGCAUUUGUGCUAAGCUAAGCUAAAAUGCUGCUCUUGACAGCUUCAUCCCAUCGUCCAUUAUCUGUACGGCUCAUCCUUUGAGGCUCGUUGGAACCAAUCCCAGCUUGAGAUUGGAAAGGCGCGGUACACCCAGGACAGGUCGCCCGUCCAUCACAGGGUUGAUAUACAAAGACAAACCACCACUCAGGCUCACAGAGAGUCUUCAGUUAUGACCUGGUCGGCCACUGAGUUCAAACACCGGACCUUUUUUGCUGUGAGGCGACCGUGCUGACCUCUUUACCACUGUGCCACCCAUUGCUUCAUAUUUAGCGCACAUGUGAGAGAGUGGUAUCAAACAUCAUCGUCCAACUUUCUGCCAAAAUGUGCACGUUUCCCAAAAGCUGAAGAGUUUUUCAUGAACACAAUGUCAUUAAAUUUCAAUGAGAGUUUUUGUACUUGAUGUUUUUGAUGAUAUUUAUUUGCCUUUCAUACAACAGGACUUUUGUAUUGACUCUAUUGAAUGCUUAUAUUUGGUUUAGACGGUAACGCACUGAGUAGACAGUGUUGAUAUUCAAGUACCUGCAGUGACAGCCUCUGUCAUACACUUAUCUGCACAAGUAUAACAGUAUUAUGGAAAGUGCAAACAUCAUACUUUGUGAAGAGCUGCCCAUGCAUAUCCUCCCUAAUUGCCUUUGUGUGUGUUCUGUCCUCUCAACAAUUAGACAUUAAUAAGUGAUUCGGGAAGCUGGCAGUGAAAUUCUUCUGCUUUAUUCUCACAUCAUUGUGUGUAAUGAAUUUCUUUGUUUGUGUUGCCGGGCUCUCUGCACAUUGAAGCAUGUAUUCUCGUUCAGCACCAAAUAAAAUGUACACGUACUGUGGUUUUUGCCAGAGAAGAAC